AUGCCGUUAGAAGCCCAGCGCUUAAUGAAGGUACAGCUGGGAAACCACAGAAACGACGUUGAUGAACACGACGAGGUUUGGGCGGAAGUGGAUGAGAUUUGCGUUCAUGCAGACUACAACGAGCGCCGAAAAACGAGUCUCAAGGCCGACAUCGCAAUUAUCAAACUCAAGCAGCCCGUACUCAUGUCCAGCAGAAUACAACCAGUGUGCUUGCCUCGGAAUUACGAAGAACUUGCCGAAGAUUCUGAAGUUUACGUCACAGGCUGGGGGCACACCGAUGCUAGGGUCAAAAGUGAAUCGAAUCACUUGAAGCAAACCAUGACGAGAGUGAUAAGCACCGAAGCCUGCCGAGGUCACAGCGGAAGAAUGGUGCCACCAAGUAUACUUUGCGGAAUACAUGACUAUGGAUCUUCGUGUGAAGGUGACAGCGGCGGACCCGUGGUGCGCAUUUCGAACGAAACUUGGACCAUCCACGGAGUGGUGGUCGGGGGACCAGAGGUCUGUGGACAAGAUGAUGACCCCAUGUACUUCACGAAGGUGUCCUAUUACAUGACGAAAUUCAUCUUACCCUACAUAAACCCAAAGUCUAGCAGGCAAACCCUCCAGAAGAUCUGCAAGUCUUCCUAG